AUGGCGCAGCUAUCUACUCCGCUACCGCCUACGAGCGAGCCCGAAUCCCAGGCCACCGAGAUACAUCUAGAUGCCGACCUAGACGAUGAGUCCUUCACCUUACCGCCUGAGCAAGCUUCACAAACCAACCGGUUUCGUGAGGAACUCCGCACUUGUGAGACCGACAUGGAGAGAUAUGAACUGUGCGUACAGAAACGAGAUGAGUUACUGAACCGCCAUGCCGGAUUACAAUUACUCAUCUCCACGUGCGAGCUAAUCAUGUCGACCGAGUGUCCUACAUACCAACGGAGAAAGCGAGCCCGGCGCGGAGAUUCCGGUCAGGAGGACGACGCAGAGCAGUGGCAUCGCUUCCUAGGGCUUGCUACUGAAGGAGAUAGGAUUAAAUCGAAUUGUCUUUCUGCCCUCAAGGAAGUCGCCCGCUGCUGGGGCCGCCAGGUCACGCAGCACUACCAUUGGGCCUCUAGAAGGGAAAAAUAUUGCAACCAGCUCCGUGCCGCCGCACGAAAAGUGCCCCAGUGGGACAACGCCGUGACGGGCCUGAAUUGGUCAAUUCUCCAACGAUCAGAAAACGUCCGGCGGCGACCGGUAAAGGCGUCGGUGAACCCGAUCGAACAGCAGGACCUGGAAUAUCUCAAGACUUGGUCUCAACGUGCACCUUUUGAAAACCCGCUGCCCAUCAAUCACACACCACACGGCCUUGGAUUCGACCGUUUCGGCCUCCUGGUCCACAAAGAAUUUGCUCUCAUCUUGCCACAGGUCGACGGAGCCGGCAGUAUAGGCUUGUCAGCCUCCCUGGAAGGCCAUUUCGACACCUCUAUAAGUAUCCACUUACCAGAAGCCGAGGAGUUGGAGACAUCGAAUCAGACAUCACGAGAUCCAAUCAGUGCUGUGAUAACCGAGCCCCCGAACAUGUCAAGCCGUCGGCGUCGAUCCUCGCUAUCCGAUAUCGCCCAGCCAAAGCGCCCCCGGAUCGACACGCCUCUGGUAUUCACCGGAAGGCCUGGAGCUUCCGAAGACCGGCCUGCCCAGGAUCACACACCUAACGACGCCUACCGGCGACGGGUAUUGGCCGAAUUGGAACAGGCGACGCCGUUGCCAGGAUCGCACGGCGAGGUGACAAACCAUCUUCUUCGCGAAUUGCUAGUCAAGGUGCAGCACCCGAACACGGGGAGCAGCCGUGGAGCCGUCGAAGCCUUUUUCUGCACUGGCGAUGAAGCAGCGCACAUGGUCGAGACGCAGUCUUCUGGCCACUCCCCAAUCAUUACGAAGGACCAGCAGCCGUUCCAGUGGGGCAAUAAGGGCCGACCGAUUGAGCAGUUCUUGCGGCGAUUUUGUGUGUUAGAUUUGACUGUCUCGGUGCAAAUCCCCUCUCACCCAUCUACAAAGCAAUCCUUCGAAGCUCGCAAGCUUGGAGAAGUUAAGGAACGGUUCCUCAACGGGGAGGACACAAGCGACCCGUGGAAUAUCCUGGAUCUUCAGAGCCCUAUACAGUGUAUCCACCCUAAGUUUUUGACCGGAGAAAACUGUGGGCUGUUUUAUGACGUCAGAAAUUCGGCUUUGAUGGAGGGCAGCGCCGAAAGAGUAACGGCGUCUCCACACAAGUGGACCGAGUGGAAGGACGUCGACACAUGGGCGCUGCUCUCUGAAGGCGGGCAUCACACGGCUCCACACAUGGACAGCCAUGGUUAUUCCACUUGGAUUACAUGCCAAGAAGGGUUCAUUGGGUUUGGCUGGAUGUCAUGCCCGACAGAAGAAGAGCGGGAAGGGUGGAUGGCUGAACCACACCGGUAUACCGGCGGCCGGUGGAGGUACAUCAUCCUUAAGCCGGGUCAAACCGUCUUCUUUGGCCCGGGAACGAUUCACUUUGUUUUUCGAGCACGAGCAUAUCAAACUCUUGGUCUCGGCGGUCAUAUCCUACUGUGGUCUGGUAUCGAAUGGUGGAUCCGAAUUGUCCUUGCGGAGCUGAAAAACCCGGCAAUCACGAAUGAGGAGAUGAAAAAGAGCGCGCCAAAACUCGUCCGUGCGGUGACAAGGCUGGUGGAAGCCAAAGUGAACGAGGGCAGGAAAGAGGAGCUGGGUGGUGAGGACGCAGUCAACAAGUUCUUUAAAUCUGUGAAGGUAAGAUCUUAUAACGAGAGGCUUUGA